GGUGGAAAAAUGAAACGUGUCUCUUUGGUUUUAUUUUGAAACUUUCAUCUCACAUCCGGUUGCUCUUCCGUGUAACUUGCCCUCUCCUUCCUUGAGCUCAUCCCUGAUCCAUGUCUCAGGAAUCCAUUGAGCAUCCUAGCCCGGGCUAACACGUAGCAGACACGGCGGACUGCUCGGUCUUCCUCCGCCUGUCAGACACCUUGAACCGUUCCUCCACAUCUCUGCGGAUACAUUAACAUUUCUAUCGGUAGACAGUCAGGCGGAGUCCGAAUGAAACAUUUAAGGACGGACGGGCUGGCGGUGGUGGGCUGAGUACCGCAGCCGUGCGGUAACAGAGUAGUCAGCUACAGGGUUAAACAAGUCAGCAAGAAAGGCGGUCAACGGCCACGCUAACCCGGCGGUUAGGCUCACAGCGAGCGGGUUAUUUUUGGCACAGCUGCUGGGGCACAUAUGCUCUGGGUUCCCCCCCCCCCCACCACCACCACCAUUAUCUGUACCAGAACUGUCAGUGCGGACCGAACCAACAGAUACAGCUAGUGUGGAGGCGGGGGAGCUGGUGUCUCCUUUAGCUGCUACCUCACAAGGAUUUCACAUUUCAAGCAAAACCAAACAAAGAGAAGUGUGGUAAAUGCUCCCCCGCCAGCCAACAAGACCCGGCUGAAAAUAUGGACCUCAAUUUUUACUCGGAUUUAACAGACGGAACCGGGCAGCACGGCGGCGAUCCGGAGUUCCUGGAUCCUCACGCCUUCAAUGGAUUUGACUCUGACAGCAAGUUCCCUGGAGGCAGCGACAACUACCUGUCGAUUCCUGGGUCCGGCCAUCCCUUCCUCUCUUCCUCUGAGACGUUCCACACUCCCAGCCUCGGCGAUGAGGAGUUCGAGAUCCCUCCCAUCUCUUUGGACCCGGACUCGGCGCUCACGGUGUCCGACGUGGUGUCUCAUUUCGGGGAGCUGUCGGACCAUGGCGCCCCAGAUAGCGUGGUGGUACCAGGGAAUGCCGUGGUCGAAGGGGACGACCCGUCUUUCGCCUCCACCUACGUCAGUGCUCCCUCGCAGGGUUUGGAGCACCUGAGUCUGGGGGUCAUGAACCAGUCUGGAGGAAGUGCUCUUCUGGGGUCUUCGUUGGGGAUGGAUCUGGGCCAUCCUAUUGGGUCUCAGUUCAGCAGCCCAUCUCCAGUGACCAUUGACGUCCCACUGGGCGACAUGGGCCAGGGCUUACUGGGGUCCAACCAGCUGACUACGAUUGACCAAUCAGAGCUCAGUGCUCAGCUGGGGCUUGGUCUAGGAGGGGGCAACAUUUUGCAGGGAUCCCAGUCACCUGAAAACCCUUUGUCGGCAACAGCGUCUCCCACCAGCUCGCUGCAGGACGACGACAUGGACGACUUUAGAAGGAGCGUGCUAGUCGAAUCCCCAGUGUCUCUGGCUGUUUCGCCUGGGGUCAUCUCGCUUGAUUCCUCCAUGUCAGAGUCCCCAGUCUCUGCAUCGACUUCCAGCGUCUCCUCGGCCAUCGGACGGAAAGGAGGGGCGGGAGGAGGGAAGAAAGGGAGGAAGAAGAAAGACCCCAACGAGCCUCAGAAACCUGUGUCGGCCUAUGCUUUGUUCUUCAGGGACACGCAGGCGGCCAUCAAAGGCCAGAACCCCAACGCUACAUUUGGAGAAGUGUCUAAGAUUGUGGCGUCCAUGUGGGACAGUUUGGGAGAGGAGCAGAAACAAGUUUACAAGAGGAAAAAUGAAGCUGCAAAAAAGGAGUACUUAAAAGCACUGGCAGAGUACAGAGCAAACAAGAAUUCUCAGGCUCCUAUUGAAGUCAUGGAAACCGACUCAUCGUCUCCACCUGCAGCCCCCGCUCCACCUCCUACGGUCACAACCACACCAUCCACUACUUCAACCCCCCGACCCACCAGGUCCCAGCACUACAACCCCGAGGAGAACACCAUCACCAACAUAUGUACUUCCAACAUCAUCCUGGACCUGCCACAUGUCACCACGCGGUCCCGCACCGGUGCAAAGCCCCCACCUCCUCCCCCCAGCCCUGCCCCCAACCCUCCCACCGUCACCAAGAUCAUCAUCAAGCAGACGCCCCUUCCGUCCGGCGGCGUAUCCGUCACCAGCACCACCGCCUCCUCGCCACGCCAGCCGCCCCCUCUGCAGCAAAUGCAGAGCACCCCACCGCCACCCAGACUGCAGCAAGCUCCGCCUCCUCUGCAAGCCAAACCUCGGGGCGGCGGCGCAGCUGCAGCCACAGCUCCACCUCCCCUGCAGAUUAAAGUCGUACCAUCUUCACGGCAGCAGGAUUCGGCCAUGCCCAUCAUAGUGACGUCAGCCAGUGAUGUUCCCAGUUCGCUGACAUCCUCGUUGGGUGUGACGGUGGAGGUGGGGCGGACAGACACGGUGGUGAUGGCAGGAGAGGAAGUGGCAGAAGCAGAGGAAGGGAUGGAGGUGGAGGUCAACGUGACGUCUGGUCUGAGUGUGACCAACGUGCAAGUUGCAAACAUCUGCGUGCGUGCCGGCUGCAACAAGCCAGCUGUGGAGAGCGAAGACUGGGACAAGGAGUACUGCAGCAACGAGUGUGUCGCCACACACUGCAGAGACGUGUUCAUGGCCUGGUGCGCCAUCCGAGGGUCAAACUCCACCACCGUCACAUAGAGAAAGGACAUACACGACGGAAAUAAUGCUACACAAACAGGACUAAUACUGCAAACAAACGCGUAUGACUGAUUCAGGUGUUGGCUCGUAAUGGUUUGUUUAUAUUUUGUUUUCUUACGCUCACAUCAUCUCGGGGACAAGAACAAAGACCUCACAGUGGCAGGAAUGUGGAAGUCGCUUCAGGUUUCCUGUUUCCAAGCACUGGAUCUGGAACAAUGUUCACACAAACAGAUCGAUGGCUAAUGCUGCUCCACGUAUUUCAUGUUGAUCAUGUAUUGUGAAUUGAAAAGAUGAACUUCAUAAAAAAAGAUCAUUUUAUAUGAA